AUGCGCGCUGAUGACGACAUCACUGAAGAUGGCGACGUUACGGAAGACUCGAUGCAGGGACUCAACGAUGGGAAUACUCGCAGUUUUAGUGUCACUGCAGAUCCUUUCUGUGAGCUGCGCUUCAAUAAAAACACCAGCUAAUAUUCUACAGAACACUGGUGCCAAUUUGUCCAAAAACAACCCAGAAACACAUCAUAAGGUCAGCGUCAGUCAUGGGAGUGAAUCAGGCCAGGUUUCGAAUGCGAUGGCAGCUCCUAGGAUCGACCCCAACAGCAGCACCAAAGCACAAGUCAGUCCCAUCGGCAUAUCUGCAUCAGAUCAAAACAAAACCACACCAGAACUACUGAAAACCAAACCAAACCCCCUGAAAACCACACUGGAUCAGCCGAAAACCCCACCGGAAACCACACCGGAUAAGCAGAACACCAAACCAGAACCGCAGAAACCCACACCAGAACCGCAGAAAGCCACACCAGAACCGCAGAAACCCACACCAGAACCGCAGAAACCCACACCAGAACCGCAGAAACCCACACCAGAACCGCAGAAACCCACACCAGAACCGCAGAAACCCACACCAGAACCGCAGAAACCCACACCAGAACCGCAGAAAGCCACACCAGAACCGCAGAAACCCACACCAGAACCGCAGAAACCCGAAUCUGAACCGCAGAAACCCGAAUUUGAACCGCAGAAACCCGAAUCUGAACCGCAGAAACCCGAAUCUGAACCGCAGAAACCCGAAUCUGAACCGCAGAAACCCGAAUCUGAACCGCAGAAACCCAAAUCUGAACCGCAGAAACCCACACCAGAGCCCACCGUGACACCUGCAAACAAGCCAGUCUCCACCCCAGCAGUAGAUAAACCAGAGAUCACCUUAGAUUACGUGGCUUACAGCACAUCUCCAGAACCAGACCUGGGCUUUAGAGAAACCGGAGAUGAUGAUGAUGGUGGUGAUGAUGGUGACGAAAAUUACGAUAAUCUCCCCUCUGAAAAAAUAGAUGUAAACAUCAAGGACACAGUCAUCUAUACCAAGGAUGAAGAUUCCCACUUCUUCUUUCAUCUGGUUGUCAUCGCCUUCCUAGUUGCCAUCGUGUACAUCACCUACCACAACAAGAGAAAGCUGAUGCUUCUGGCCCAGAGCCGGCGCUGGCGGGACGGGUUCUGCUCCCGAGGAGUCGAGUACCAUCGGCUCGACCAGAACGUCAACGAGGCCAUGCCGUCGCUCAAGAUGACCAGCGAUUACAUCUUCUGAGAACACACGCCGACCGGCUACACGUGGUGUCUUAUUUAAUCGAGGGGAAGAGGGUGUAUUUUGUGUCUUUUCUGCUUGCUGUUCUUGGUGUCUAUGAAAGCAGAUGUUUUGAAUGCGACGGUAAACCAUUUUGUUCUUCGGCAGAACUACAUUUUUACAUGUCUGCCGGAUCAUUCUUGAAGAAAAACUAACGAAGGUAUGUAGAUAUUUGAUUAUAAAGCUGCUGUGUGUCACAUAUAGGCUAAACACACAAUACACACGAUUCAUUUGCUUCCUUGUUUGUGGACAUUAGCUUCUGUGCUGUGUGUGUGUGUGUGUGUUUGAGGUGCACAAUUAAUCUGUGAAAGAUCGCGACCCAUAGAAUCUUACGACAACGAUUCACCUGUGUCUAUUAAACCAGAUCUGUGUCGUUAUUUGCAAACAUGCAAAUCAUCACAUAAGAGCUGGGAUUAAAGGUUAUAGUUCAGAUAUAAACACUGAUGUCGCUCGCGAUCACAACAGUGUCUGAGUUUAAAAGUCUUGUGGAAACCCACUUGUACUUGUGUGCUUUUAACCUCUGGUGUUGGAUCUAGGCAUUUUUGCACACCUUUGGUCAACCAAGGUUGUUUUAAAUGUGGUUUAUAAAUAAUUUAAACUGUAGUAAAAGUAACUUGACGCUUCAAAUCAAUUUAUUAGUUACAUCGUUACACCAGUAGGUGGCGACAAGUGACUUAAUUUGUAUGUGUCAUUGAAUAAUUCACUCCAGAGAUUUGAUGAAAAACUGAUUAAUCUGAUAAUGAAACAAGUGAGGUCUUAAUCAUUGAAUUAUUCACUCAACCAGGUUUUUUUUUAAUAAUUCAAAUUAAUUCAAUAUGUUUAAAGAGACUGCACCAAUUUACAUUUUUUCAAAAAUUACAAUUCUACUAAAUUACAUGUUAUUUUGAUUAGUGAUAUAUAUAUAUAUAUAUAUAUAUAUAUAAACAAUUCUCAAUUUAUACAGAAUGGUGCAGCUGUAGUGUGUGUGUGUGUGUGUGUUGAACACGUCUGAGAACUCAUGCUAAUUCCAGAACAGCAAUAUUGGCAUGAAACGUGUGUUUGCUAUGCAGCCGCUUCUGGUCCCCUUUGUUUUUGUGUUACGACUUCAGUGAAGUUGUUUUAUAUUGCACAUGAUGUUUAGAUGAGCAGGGUCCACUGUUGCCUAAAUCAAAUUUGGUUUUAUUGUGUCUUUCUUUGUGUGAGCGUUGCCUAAUAUCAAAACACGACUGUAGCAGCAGCUGAAGUCGUCAUAUCAGUUUCAUGUGUGCAGAAUACUAAUAAUACUACUAAUAUGAGCGUUAGUAGAGCAGCUCUGAUGUACAGUCUGUGCAUGAACACCACAUACUGAUUUUACUGUCAAUUCAACAAUAAAUCACCUCUGUAUACAGUCA